CGCCCAGGGCAAGCUCUCGGACGCCGACAAGCGGCGGCAGCAAGUCCGCGCGUGGCGCAAGCGCGUCGCGGAGCUCGAGUGCGUCGUGCGCGGGCUCGAGGGCGAGGUCGAGCGCUCGCGUGAGGAGUCGUUUGAGCGCAGCAUCAUGGACGAAGCGAGCGCGAGACAAGCUGGCGCGUGUCGGGCGCGUCGUCUAGUGAUGCGACCACUCCCAGAUCGACGAUCUUACCACCGCGCUCCAAGACCACUCGGAAAAGCUCUCCGACUCGAGUCGGAGGAACUGAUGCUCCUGAAUAACUACGCCCACAUCGAAUCCACAGCCGACGAGCGCAGCUCCGCGCCGGUGCGGAGCGGGAGGGGCAGGAGGGCGAGGAGCUCGGCCACGCGCGCAGACGCGUGCGCGAGCUCGAGAAGGUGAGCGCGGAUAGGGAGUUUGAGGUGAUCCAGCUGCAGCGCCCAAACUAGAAGUGCAAGGAGGACGCGGAGGGGAUGAAUAUUGCGUUGGAUUCGAAGCAGCAGGUGCUUGAGCUGCUCAAGCACCGCAUGGGCGUCCGCGGAACAGCCGGGACCACCCCUGCGCCCGCCAGGAUCGCGCCACGACGCGAGUCCUUUGUGUCUUCGUCGGUUGCCAGCACCCCGUUCAUCCGCCCGGGCUCCGCCAUGUCGGCUGCCUCGGAGACGCCUAGCGUCCGCGCGGGCGCACUCGCCACGAGCAAGCCCGUCAACGGCGCUCUUGCCGCCGCCGCCGUACAGCGCACGACUGGCGCGGGUCCACGCGCCAAGUCACCCGGCGUCGGCGCAAGCAUGACCGCGGGUGCGGCGUCGCGCCGCGUGUCGUUUAUCGACGCUUCGCCCUCGGACGCGUCGGCGCCGCCUGUGAGCCACUCUGGUGCGUCGGCAGCACAGGGCGCUGCGGCGCGCAAGCGGGUUAGCGUAGGCGGGGUUUCGGCGCUGAGUGCGGGCGAGGGCGAGGGCGCGGGUGAGGGUAAGGAGAAUGCGAAUGCGACGCUGGGGGUUGAGCGUAGCGAGCACGAGCAACGAGCGGACACCGGUGCCGAGCAGGGUUGCUGGUGGUGCCAAGGCGGGGGCGGGGGCGAAGACGGCGAGGAGAGCGAGUAUUAUUCCUGCAUGAGGAUGUGGAUGAUGGGUAUGUGGGGACGACGGCAGCGAAGAAACAGAGGCAGACGAGAGAAAAAUCCCAAAUAAUAAUCUCUCGUCUUGAUCACGACCACGACGCGCACCUGGCACGACUCCAAGCAAACUUGAACGUUGCAGGACGUUCAACGACACCAUGGUUCUUCCUGACGACCAAACUGAAGAUACAACCACCACGACUAACGUGUGUUGACGCGCGACAUACAAUGCACCAACCAUGAUCAGACCACGAAUAUACUCGCCUCGCAUUCACGAAUCGCUCACAUAUUUGCCUUCCACCACCUACCUAAUCGUUUACGUCGUUUUGUCAUCUGCUGUCUCUCUGGUCCUGCAUCGCACCGCCAUGUUGUCCCUCGCAUCGCAUCGCAUCACACCCUCGUUCAUACACAUCCUCUCCCCUGCUCUAUUAUUGCUCCCAUUUGCUCGCCUGUGUCACCCGUGUUGCGCUCUUCGCUCUUAAGUGAGCACGUCUUGCGUCCGCAAUAUGCCGGACGCACGAUACCAUAUUUCAUUUUUCUGUGGCUUUUCUAUUUUCUUAUCUUUACAUCCUAAUCUCACCCCGUUCAUAUAACCGUCUCCCAAUCUCUUCUUUUUUACGUCUCAAGUUUGCGUGACAUAACCCCACAUAACCCAGAUAACAAUUCCAGUUUCAGUUUCAUUUCUUGUUCUUACCCAUUUAUCACGGACUCGCCCACCUAUUUAUAAUUAUGCGUAUUAGGCGCACCCCGCUUCCCUGUCCCCCUCCAUUCUCAUUUCACACUCAUCGUCCCGCCAUCCGAUUCCAUAGCACGCUCAUCACUCACCCAUUUACCACCUCAUCCUCAUCCACUUCCAUAUCUAC